AGGUUCUCCAAAACUAAUAAAAACAGAGUAACUCUGUUAUACUCUUCUCGAGUUCCCUCCAAACACCCAACACUUUGAAUGGAUUGUUCCUCCGUUCUCCACUCAUCAAACUCCUCAUUCUUCCCCUUCAACGAAAACGACCCCGAAGAGAUGCUCCUCUACGGCAUGAUCACGUCAUACCAAGAAAAAGUGAUCAUCAAAGAAGAGGAAGUGAACUCAGAGGAAAACAACAACAAGAAUAAGAAAAACAACAACAAGAGCAGCUUCCGCGGCGUGCGGAGUCGCCCGUGGGGGAAGUUCGCGGCGGAGAUAAGGGACUCCACGCGGCACGGCGUGAGGGUGUGGCUUGGGACAUUCGACAGCGCCGAGGCCGCGGCGCUGGCCUAUGACCAAGCCGCGUUCUCCAUGAGGGGCUCCGCCGCGGUGCUCAACUUCCCCGUGGAGAAGGUGAAGGAGUCAUUAAGAGACAUGAAUUGCACUCUCUCUCAGCUUGAUGGGUCUUCUCCCGUCGUGGCCUUGAAGAGGAGACACUCCUUAGGACGCAAAAUGGCUGCUAAGAAGAAGAAGGUGGAAGAGACUCAUGGUGAUGUUCGGUUAGAGAAUGUGGUUGUGUUGGAAGACCUAGGGGCUGAGUAUUUGGAACACUUGUUGAUGAUGUCCUCUCAUGAUACUACUAGUUGUUCUUGGUGAAUCUAAUUAUGUACAAGUAGAACCAUUGUUUAAUCUUUCAUGAGUUGCAACAAUUUCUUUUUCCUACAUGUUUUUUUCUUUAAAAGCAAUUCUGUUUGAAUCUUGAUUUAUCAUGUUGCAGAAAAUUAACUUGAGCUAUUAAUUGUUUAGUUAAUAUAUCCUAUGUACUUUUUUCAGUGACCAUGGUCAUUAUGGUCAUUGAAUUUUUCUUUAUAGGAUCUUAGAGUUUAAAGCUUGGAUAAUUUGUACCGAGUUAUCUUGGUGGCACCCAUCUCCUAUGUUCUUUUGUUCUUGUAUUUUAUCAUUCAACAUUUAUUUUGGUGGAAAGAACAUUUGUCAUAAUGUACGUUACUGAUGUUAGAAUGAUCAUAUAAUAUAUAUUUAUAGUUGA